AUGGUCCCUGGCAUGUAUUAAGUUAUUGCACUAUCAGUUUCCACCGCAUUAAAAGAAUUUUUAAUAUUUACUUAAAGGUUUCAUCCUAAUUAUUUAAGAAAUAUUGCCAAUUAAAUUAAUUGUCAAUAAAGUUAAUGGAGGUACUCUUUCAGAUCAAGUCAGAAAUGA